AUGGUCGGAACUGCGAUUCCGCGAUGGCGUUUAGACGAGCACGGGACAAGACCGCUGGAAAACGUUUGGUCAUUCAGCGGCUUUGAAUCCAAAAGCUACGGACUGAUGACGGUGUACGCGAAGUCCGCCAGAUCUUGGGAUGUCAUCGUGCGGAUGACUUGUGAAUGGCAAGGUCUGAAGGGUGCCCAGAUUGGUGCGAUUAUUCAGCAAGGUUGGCACGGUGAUUGUGACGGGUCGCAGCAGUGUGGUGAUGGAUUCACCAAUCACGUCUAUACUCGAUGCAUCGAGUACGACAGGAUGCAGACCGUUAGCAUGGCCGUGUUGUUCCUUUCAAUGCUGACGAUAAUAUUAGCGAUCCUCGGGAUCCUGAUGGCAUCUUUUGGAAGCUUGAAAAGAUUAGGUGGUUGCGCUUAUGGCCUCCUGCUGUUUGCUGGCUUCAUCUCAGUUGUGUCGAAUGUAGUUUGGGCUGUAGUGACUUGGAUUGCCUUCAGCAACUUGGGUGAGAACGCAUGGUAUCCGUACCCUAGCCUUGCAAUCGGAUGGUUUCUCCAUCUCUACGGUGGCAUCACACUGCUUGUGUCCAGCGCGGUGUUUGGUUGGCUUGUCAUGCCGCUCGUGCAUGCCUUCGAUGCGGAGAAAAGCAAAUUGCAGAAGCGCAAGAACAAGCUCAUGAUGAUGUCCUGGUGGAACAGGGACCAAGAACGGGACCAGUUCGCGAUGCACCAGCACAUGCCGACAUCUUAUCCGCAAAACCCACCGUAUGCCGAAUACCCGGCAGAUCAAGGCCAAGGCAAUUUUCAAGCCGCGGGCUUGGCCUAUGGCGCCGAUCAGGGAGUUUAUGCGCAGGGCAACGCCGCCUAUCAGGCCAACAUGUAUGGUGCACCAUAUGAAGCAUCUCAUGCGCAGCAGCUUCCCGAGAUGGCCGCCCCCGCUCGCUACGUUUGA